UGCCACCUGUCAGUGCUCAUCAGUGCCACGUGUCAAUGCCCAUCAGUGCCACAUAUCAGUGCAUAUCAGUGCCCAUCUGAGCUGCCUUUCAAUAUCACCCAUCAGUGCCAGUCAGUGCCACCUAUCAAUGCCAAUCAGUGCCACCUAUCAGUGCUGCCAAUAAAUGCCGCCUAUCAGUGCCAGUCAGUGCCGCCUAUCAGUGCCAGUCAGUGCUGCCUAUCAGUGCCAGUCAGUGCUGCCUAUCAGUGCCAGUCAGUGCUGCCUAUCAGUGCCGCCUAUCAGUGUCAUGUAUCCGUGCUGCCU